AAAUACAAAGUGGGGUUACGCCACGUGGACACUCUUCAAGCUCACACCGACCGCGCGACCUUCAUAAUACUGUUGAAAAAUCUCUCCCCCCGGCUUUAAAAACCCUAGACGUUAUAAUUUCACCAGGAUUCUCCGCUUCGCUCUGACCAAUUUCCCAUAUUUUUCUUUGAGGAACGUUCUUGAUUUCUCGAUUCGAUUUCCCCAGUGUAUCAAGUUUUUUUUGAGGCCGCAAUCUUCGGAUAUCCCUUUGAAAAAUCAUAAGCUGAACAUGAGCACUCUUGAAGUGAGGGGGCCUUCUCUCAGAGGGUAUCGAAGGAGAAAAGCCAUGCUCGAUCUGAAUGUUCCACCCAGUGAAAUCAGAGAACUGGAGGGUACUUCGCAACAGGCUGGGUAUGAAGAACAAACUAUCCAAUCCGUGCAGCUUGAACCGCCUGCCACUAUUGAUGUCGAUGCUAUUGAUGAUGAUGCAAUUGAAUCUUCGGCUACAGCUUUUGCAGAGGCUCUGAACAAUUCAAGGAGGAACCGUGGAAGGAUUGUUGUCGAUGUAGAUUCAGUAGGUGUAGCUCACAUGUGGCCAACUCAUAAUAAUCCGAAUAGACUCCGAAGACUUCCUAUGAGCCCAAACAUUAUCGAUUUGGAAAGCUCAACACAGUCGGCGGUGGUGGAAAUUGUAGUGUCACAGCCAACACCAAAGGCACCAACCUUCAACUGCCCAAUUUGCAUGGGGCCAUUAACGGAGGAGACGUCAACAAGAUGUGGGCAUAUAUUCUGCAAGGCAUGCAUUAAAGCUGCAUUAGCUGUUCAGGCGAGAUGCCCGACUUGCAGGAAAAGAGUCACCGUGAGAGGACUAAUUAGGGUCUUCCUUCCAUCGGUAGCUUGAACGUGAACUCCAUGCCCAACUAGUAACGGAUAAUACAAACUGGCCUUAGAAAAAGAAAAAGAGAAAGAUAAAAGAGUCGAUUCAUCCGGUGGUUGUUUCAGUGGAGCUAAUUUUGGAAUUUCUGACUUGGUAGUUUCAAAACUAUGUUUUAGUGGACAAUCGUCUUUAUUCAAUAGCUCAACAAAUUAGUUUAAUGA